AUGAGCCACCACCUUUGCAUCCGACGAGCUGGCCUCGUCGCCCCCAAGUUACAACACCGUUCGUCGUAUCAGACCUCAAGAACGCCAGCCCUAAUCACCCUGUCCAUAAGAAAUCACACACAACAAGCAACCCAGAAGUCAUCCUGGACCCAUCCAGUAUACACACAAGAACAGAUCCUCUCCGUACGAGUCGCCCACAAAAAUGCAAAUAGCCUCCCCGAUAAGCUCGCCCUCGGCACAGUCCGCUUCCUCCGCUGGAGCAUGGACUUGGUCACUGGCUAUCGCUCGAGCGCAGCCGGCUUGUCCCGGACUAACGCCAUGACCGAGAAGAAGUGGAUAACGAGGUUCAUCUUCCUUGAGAGCGUUGCUGGUGUCCCGGGUAUGGUAGCCGGCAUGCUUCGGCAUCUAAAGAGUCUCCGCCAAAUGAAGAGAGACUAUGGGUGGAUUGAAACCCUUCUCGAAGAAGCCUACAACGAAAGAAUGCACCUCCUCACCUUCCUCAACCUCACCGAGCCAAGCCGCUCCAUGCGCCUCAUGGUCCUUGGCUCACAAUGUGUCUUCUUCAGCGGCUUCUCUAUCGCUUACCUCCUCUCCCCGCGUAUCUGCCACCGCUUCGUCGGCUACCUCGAAGAGGAAGCCGUCAUAACCUACUCCAAGGCAAUCCAGGAUCUUGAUUCGGGUCUGCUUCCAAAGUGGGAGAAUCUCCAAGCGCCGCCUAUGGCUAUUAAGUACUGGGAUAUGCCGGAGGGGCGGCGCUGCAUGCGUUCUUUGCUGCUUUAUGUGCGUGCUGACGAGGCGAAGCAUCGUGAUGUCAAUCAUACGCUGGGGGGCUUGGAUCAGGAUGUUGAUAAGAAUCCUUUUUCGGCCAAGUUUAGGGAGCAGGUUGGGAGGGUGGAGGGUGUUGUUGGGGAGAGGGUCAAGGUAUAG